UCUUUCUACUUCAAAGAAAUAACACCAGCACUCACAAACUAACAUAAAUUCACCACUCUUCAUUUCCACAUUAACCCCGACCCGAAAAUGCGAACCAAAUCGGAGAACCCGGUUCAACAAACCUCAACCACCACCGUAACUGACUCAUCCUCCGCCGCAUCAAUAGAUCCAAUCUUCCACCUCAUUCGCAUCCUCCCCUUCAGCUUCCUCCGUCCACCACGUCUCCGCUUGAAGCUUCCAUCCAUCUCCCUUCCUUCAUCCAACGUCGUCUUCGCCCUCGUCCUUCUCACCUACUUCAUGGUCGUCUCCGGCAUCGUCUACGAUAUCAUCGUCGAGCCUCCCGGUAUCGGUUCAAUGCAGGAUCCAUACACCGGAGCUGUACGACCUGUUGUUUUCAUGUCCGGCCGUGUUAACGGUCAGUAUAUCAUUGAAGGUCUUUCUUCUGGAUUCAUGUUCGUUCUCGGUGGAAUUGGUAUCAUAAUGUUGGAUCUUGCUCUUGAUCGGAAUCGUGAUAGAUCUGUUAAGCUUUCUUAUGCUUCUGCUGGUAUUUCGUCGAUUGUUCUUGCUUAUGUUAUGAGUAUGCUCUUCAUUCGUAUCAAGAUUCCUGCUUAUCUUAGAUGAAUUUGCUUCAGUUUUAUGGAUUUUUGUUGAAUUUAUAGUUUUAUUGUAUCUGAGAUUUUGGCAUUUUAUUUAUGGCUCCCGAUUAUGAUCAUAGUUUAGGGUUGCUAAAUUGAAAUGCGUAGUUACUGGAUUUGAUUUUGUCAUAAUUAUAUUCUAAGUACUUUAGUUGGUUUGGUAUA